AUGGCCGCCUCCACCAUGUCCGUCUGCUCUGAUGCUUGCACUAAUGCCUCCUGGCAGGUGGAUGACUGCCCAGAGAGCUGCUGUGAGCCCUGCUGCUGUGCCCCAGCCCCCUGCCUGACCCUUGUCUGCACCCCAGUGAGCUGUGUGUCCAGCCCCUGCUGCCAAUCUUCCUGCUGCGCACCCUCAUGCUGCCAGCAGUCUAGCUGCCAGCCAGCUUGCUGCACCUACUCUCCCUGCCAGCAGCCCUGCUGUGUGACCCUUUGCUGCAAGCCUGUGUGCUGCACACCCAUCUGCUCUGGAUCAUGCUGCCAGCAGUCUAGCUGCCAGUCCUCAUGUUGCCAGCCCUCCUGCUGUGUGCCUGUCUGCUGCAAGCCUGUGUGCUGCACACCCAUCUGUUCUGGAUCAUGCUGCCAGCAGUCUAGCUGCCAGUCCUCCUGCUGCCAGCCUUCCUGCUGUGUGCCUGUCUGCUGCAAGCCUGUGUGCUGCACACCCAUCUGCUCUGGCUCCUCCUCCUCCUGCUGCCAGCCCUCCUGCUGUGCUCCUGUGUGCUGCAAGCCCUGCUCCAGUGUGUCCCUGCUGUGCCGCCCUGUGUGCAGACCUGCCUGCUGUGUGCCCAGUUCCUCCUGCUGUGCCUCCUCCUGCCAGCCCAGCUGCUGUUGCCCAACCUCCAGUGUGUCCCUGCUGUGCAGCCCUGUCUGCUCCAGACAGGCCUGCUGUGGCCUCUCCUCAGGCCAGAAGUCCAGCUGCUGA